GCCAACCGCAACAUGCCCACGCUCAUGUCACCACCCGAGUCCUUCCCAGGACACGCAAGAAUUCAGAAGAAAGCGACAAGAUCCAUAGCCUGCGAGAGAUGCCACUCACGGAGACAAAAAUGUUCAGGAGGACAUCCUUGCUCUAGAUGCGGUGAAACUAGUCCUCCUGCCGACUGCGUGUACCCGUCGCGCGAUCGUAAAGUGAAGCUGAGUCAACAAUAUAUUGAGAACCUUUUGAGAGAGAACGAACUCCUUCGGAGCAACACUGGAGCGAAUAUUGGAUCUACACCGGAAGCUCGACGUCUUACUCCACCACCAGUUACAGUCGAACAGAACACUGAAAGCCAAGAGACGACGCAGAAUCCAUUGAUAGAGGAGCGUCCCUGGUUCCAUCCUGUAUCAGCGCUAGAGUCACCUUUACACGUAGGUGAAGCCUCAGACGCUGCAUUCUCUACUAGAUUUCGCCAGACAGUAGCCACAGUCUGCACCAACCAUUUGCCGAGAACAAGCUUUAUAAAAGACGAACCAUUAACGCUCCUUGCGGAGACCGACCGUCAAUGGCCUACACCCGCUCGCGCACGGUUCCUGGUCAAAGUUGCGCUAAAUACUAUAUGUCGCUACUAUCAUAUUGUUCGUAAGAGUGUGGUACUUGAAAGUUUAGAAGAAGCUAUCAAGCUUAACGGCAAAAGUGACAGACUGAAGGUUGCAAAAUUGUUAGCCCUCUUUGCUUUGGGAGAGGCCUAUUCAGCCCGAAGUGCAGACCAAGGCUCCACAUUUCCUGGGCUGAUCUACUUCGUACAGGCCAGAAGGAUGGUUAGCAUCCCAGCUGAACGCCCUCAGGUUGAUUCAGUGGAGAUUGCACUACUUCUUACGUUGUAUUCAUUCAUCCUCAACAGACGUCAUUCAGCGUAUGUGCUCGCCAGCUCGGCUGUACGAAACUCUUUAGUAAUGGGCAUGCACUUGAACGUUCCGGAACAUCAGUAUCAUAAUCGUCGCGCCCGGGAGCACCGAAUACGACUGUGGUGGUCGGCGUACGUGCUGGACCGAUCAUGUGCUUCCAAAUUGGGUCUACCUAUGUCUAUCGCCGAUGAUGACAUCUUUGUUGACCCCCCAAGUGGCGACGGUAUUGAUGACGCGGACGAAGACUUCGACGACGUUGAUUACACGUUACGCAGUAUCGAAAUAGCGAGGAUCGCAGCGAAGUGUACGCGAGAAAUCUACGGAAGGAGGAAGUUCCACAGCCCUUUUUCGCAGCGAGUGCAAUCCGUUCUAAAAGAGUUCACAAAAUGGAUGGACACUCUUCCUGCGAAGUUCCAUCUGAAGAAUGAUGGCUCUUCCUCGCUACAACGACAUCAUAUUGUCUAUUUGCAUCUUAGGCUGAAUCAGGGUGUUAUCCUUGCAACACGCCCAAUCUUGUUGCACGCACUUCGCAUUCACCAGCAGUCACGCAAAGACCCCGUUCCCGAUCCUGUCCCAAAAUUAUCAGACAGCGCACGCACGUUGGCAGAGACGUGUACACAGUGUGCUCGACACUCGUAUCGUAUCAUCACGGAUGCGUGGAUCCAUGGCACUUUUGCAACGUUCGACUACUUUAACACGCAAUACCUUUUUUCUGCCGCUACCAUUCUUGCAGUAUCUAGCCUUCUGCACACCCCUCAAAGCAAAAGCGAUGGCGAGAACUUCGACAACGCAGUUGAGUUACUGAGGCAGCUAGCACAAAGCGGUAGCUUCGGUGCGAAAGAGUUCUGCGAACACAUUGAUGCAAUGUCGCAGAGCAUGGCCGCAGCCCGCAACGAAGUGCCGCAGUCCACUCUGGGUACUCCUGCAGAGCUACAGCAGCCAUCUGUGAACUCUUUCGCCGGUACAAGCAUGACUGCGGGCAUGGCGCUCGCUGACCCAUCGUUUCAAGGCUUCCUUGCAGAAACGGACCUAGACAUGCAAGCCCUGGACAACCCAUCUUUUUAUGGACUUCAAACGCCAUACUGGCCAGAGAUAUGGGGAGAUGACUGGGUGACUCCCAGUAAUGUGUAAGUCAAAAUUAAGCAAUGAACUUAGGGU